AUGUUUGAGAACAAGCUUUUCACUGAUGUGGAGUUUGACAUUAAGAGCAGCGACCAUGAAGAAAGCACAAAAUUGUAUGCCCACAAAUACAUUCUUGUUACAAAGAGUCCUGUUUUUGAAGCCAUGUUAACAGCUGACAUGCUGGAAAAUUCUCGAAAAGAUGGCAAUUCUUACAUCGCAAUAUCUGAUAUUGAUGUGGAAGGUUUCAGAGAGAUUCUUAAGUAUAUGUACUCAGAUGAAGCAGAUAUUACUUUUCAAAACGUCACCUCUGUCAUGUAUGCCUCAAAAAAGUAUUUUUUGGAGGAUCUUGCAACCAUUUGUAAGGAUUUCUUAUUGAACAACAUGGUGCUAGAAAAUGUUUGUGAAAUAUUAGAACAUAGUGUAGCAUAUAAUGAAAUUGAAUUAAGCAACAAAUGUUUGCGUUUUAUUGGUUCAAACGUUGGAUCUGUUUUUAGUCAUGAAUCUUUUCUAAGCCUCUCCCAAUCAGCCCUGGAACACUUGGUAAGUUAUGAUUAUUUGUACGUCAAGAGUGAAUCCUGGCUGUAUCGUGAAUGUAUUAGGUGGGCGAAGCAUAAUUACAAAAAUAAUCAGGUGGUCAGAGAACCAGAUAGCACAGACGUACGAAAAAUAUUAGGAAAUAUCAUUUACAAAAUAAGAUAUUUAAACAUGGCUGCAGCAGAAUUUGCUGAGGAGGUAGGUAAACAUGACGUUCUUUCAGAUGCAGAAAAGUCAUUAUUGUACUAUCAUUUGAUAAUCGGUAAUAGACCACCAGUUGAUUGUCCAUUCUCACAAAACUAUCGCGUUUUUAAAUGUUCUAGAUUCCAAGAAGUUGGAACCUCUAAGCAGUGGUGGUCAUGCAACGGUCCGGUUGAAGCUAUUGAUUUCUCAACAAAUGAUGAUAUCAAUUUGAUUGCAGUAGCUUUGUAUGGUGGUAAAAUCAAAUCAAUGCACGAAGUGAAAGUUGAAAUAUGGAAAGAUCAAGACAAACUUGAUUCAGUUGAGGAAGUUAUACAUUCUGAUGGAUCAUCUGAUGUUUGCCCUGUUUAUUUAUCUAAGCCAGUUGAGAUUAAAGCAAAAACUAUUUACACAGCAACAGCGUCCAUUAAAGGUAGGUUAUCACACUAUGGAACGAGUGGCAAAGAAGUUAAUUGUUGCACUGGAGGAAUCACUUUCAACUUUUUCAGCUCAGCCAGAUCAGUCAAUGGCACUAACGUAAAAAGUGGACAGAUGCCUGAAUUUGUUUUCGAAAAGCUGAACAAAAGUAACCGGUGA